CUGUUUCAGGUCAAAGGCACAGUUCUACGAGGAGAAGAACUCAAACAGUUUGUGGAAUCACUGCGAGCGAAGAGCAUCACGUACAGGACGAUGAAAAAGGAGACUGACGACAUGGCCACCGAGUUUGGAGCCUUGCGAAGAACGCUGCAAAUUCUCCAGCACCAGGCCUCCUCCAUGCCACACCCCGUCGUUCCUGGUAAAUCAAACUAAACUCACAAGGCAAGAGCCAAAGCUAUGUUACACGAACUGGAAUGUUACAGGAAUGCUGGAAGACGUGCUCGAGUCGAGCGGCGGGGACGAGGAGCUGGACAAGGCCAUCGGCACGUUGACUUCGCUGCUGGCGGAGGUCAACGAGUCGCUCCGGGAGAACAAGGAGAAAGUCGCCCCCAGGGUCAAACUCCUGCAGAGCCUGAGGAAGACCAAGCAGGACCUGGAGAUCGUCCACGCGGAAAAGAAGCGCCACCACUUGGAAGUCUCGUCUCUCUAUGAAAGGAAGCUAAGCAGGCUGCAAAACGAAGUGGAGUCAGUCCAGAGAGAGUUUGCACGGGAAAACAAGCUGUACCAGGACAAGUGCGCAGAGCUCGAGGCCGUGGAAUCGUCCUUGGAAGAAGUCUCCAAGGAGCAGCAGGGAUCGCUAAUCAGCCUCGGACUCCGUAACGAGCUCCAGCGACAGGAGGAGUUGAAGUUCACGCUGGAGCAGCGGCAGCAAAGGCUGAAGGACGUGGAGCAGUACAAUAAUUUGCAGAUGGCCAUGAUGAAGGACCUGGUGACACUUCUUUCUGCAAAGCUGAAGCAGUACUCGUCCGCGGCCAGGCCAGCAAUCUAUUCAUCUGUCACGGCACUCGAAACGGUAAGUCAAAAGGGAGAAAAGCACCUGUGCCUUUGGUUACCUCCCUGGUACUGUGUUGCUCACAAAACAAGCUACUUUCUCUGUCUGUGUUUGUGUGAACUUCACAGGAGGCGGACGACAGGAGCCAGCUCUAAUUUACGCCAACUUGAUCCCAUCCAAGGCGUCGCUUUUCCUGCUGAUGCCGACUUCUCGUGAAUGUCACUUCUAUUCUAUGCUUCUUCCUCCUCUCUGGCUACAUUGAUCUGUUAACUGCAAGCACCAGAGGCUUCAAUUUAGAACGGAAUCUGACCAAGUUGCUCUCAAUCCAAACUGU